AUGUCCAACAAUAAUUCUAAAGGCUGGAAAGACGUCAACCAAGACAGCUUCAGGUUCUACGACCCAUCCACCAACGCCUUCAUCUCAUCCGCCCCCGAAAGCGUGCCCGCAUUCCUGUCCGCUUCGUCUCUAGCGUACGACACCGACAUGGACAAUGACCUCCUCUGGCCCGAAGAGCAAGAAGGACAACAGCUGGGGCCGGAGAAGGUUGAUGCGGCCAGGCAGCGUGUAGCGCCCCAGGCUACCUCUUGGGCGGAAGAGGUCGCGCGGGUUAGGGAAGCGGUGGGGAUAGAUGCUCAGAAUCCGAUCAUAGAGCGACAGCUGUCGUAUUUGCGUAGUCGUCCUUCAAGAGGUGUAGAUUGGAUGCGAGAUGCAUCAGAGUGGAACCGAAAGGUCGUCAGCGACUAUCGAGACAGCCGCCCGAGUGUCAAUCUCACCAAUGUUGAUGUUACGCAGCUUCGUUUCUGGAACGAUCGUGCGAGGCUCGCGGCUUGGGCCAUCAGCUGCGGUAAUCUGGGCAUCAGCGUACCGGACACAGUCAUGGCGCGUAUGAAUGAAAGCAACGCCGAUUUCAACGACAGCCUUUCAGAGCUAAACAUAGAGGGGUUUCCGAAUCUGAGGCCAAACGAUUUAACAGAGGUCAUGCCUAUCAGGGCAAUGAUUGUAUCCGUGGAUCUCAACCAAGGCACACUUCGGGACAUUCAGGAAGGCGCCCUUGAAGUUGUCACCGAGCAGCAGUUGGAGGAGACGCGAGUUGCCAAUGCCACAAUCAGAAGACUGUACUAUCAAGAAGGAUGGGCUGAUCUCAAUCCAGAGUUCCAGACGUUGGUUGGGUCGUGGAGUGAAUCUUUGGAAGCGUUGCGAAGUGCCGGUAUAACUGGGCUCCCGCCUGCGUUGUAG